UUUACUUUCCUUCACUGACCUAAAAAUAGAGAAUUAAAUAAUCAAAGCAAGAACCUGAACCUUUCGCAAUUCGUAGGCUACAGAGGAAAGAAAUGUUGAGACUCGCUUCGCAGAGGCUUCUAGGGCUAGCGACGGGCGAGGCCCAGGCGGUGUCGCGGCCUGUCCAGGCGGCGCUGCCAAGAUUUUAUCAUGAGAACGUGAUUGAUCACUACAACAAUCCGCGGAACGUCGGUUCGUUUGAUAAGAACGAUCCUACGGUCGGCACUGGCCUUGUCGGUGCACCGGCGUGUGGCGAUGUGAUGAAGCUCCAGAUAAAGGUCGAUGACAAGACUGGUCAAAUCGUCGACGCCUGUUUCAAGACCUUCGGGUGUGGUUCCGCGAUUGCUUCGUCAUCUGUUGCUACUGAAUGGGUGAAAGGGAAGCCAAUGCAGGAGGUCUUGUCUAUUAAAAAUACGGAAAUAGCAAAACAUCUUUCUCUACCUCCGGUUAAGCUGCACUGCAGCAUGCUGGCUGAAGAUGCUAUCAAGGCAGCUAUAAAAGACUAUGAAGCUAAACACACCAAACCCAGUGCCAGUCCAGAGGCAUCGCAGGUUGAGAAGGCCGCCGAUGCUUGAAUUAUGUCUAUGUUGAUGAAAAUAUCCUAAAACUCAAUUUUAAUUUUUUGCUUAUCUAGUGGCUGUAAUCUGAAGGUUCUCUUGUGGUUCUUAUGCUGUUGGAAUAUUUUGGAACUUUGCUGCGAACCAAAUAUUAUAGAAUGGAUGUUACAGCUUGGAAGACACCAGUCAUAAAUAUUGUGGUCGUAUGGCGAUGGAUGUCAGGCUAUUGGUUAAUAGCUAGAACUUUCUAUGAAUAAAUGUGAAAGCGGCCUGUAAAUCUGCAUGUUGUGUAUGAGUUGUGCUUGUGUAAUUGACUCUGAAAUGAAAUGAAUGUAUAAUCCUACAUCCCAA